AUGACAUCGGUCGCAGUCGCAACUGCCAAGAAGUCUUUGGUCCAAAUAGCCUGUGGAGCCUCAAAUGGAUGUUCCCAUACUUGGCAGCGCCACCCAUGGGAGAUGGACUAUCGUAUGCCUCCAGUAUGCCUGGACAAGAUGCUCUUCUUGGCAGUUGUCUCGCAUGAGGAGCCUCCGCUGGCGGUCUUUGAACUGCUCGACCGGAUCUACCAGGUGCUUCUAAGAUACCUGGGCGAGGUCAGUGAGGAUUCACUUCGGCAGAACUUUUCGACCGUGUACUUACUGCUCGACGAAAUGAUCGACAGCGGCCUGCCCUUCACGACGGAAAUGAAUCGAUUGGAGUCCAUCAUUGCGCCUCCUUCAGCCAUCGGGAAAGUGGUGCAGGCUGUUUCUGGAAGCAGCACGCAAGUGCUGUCCGACGUUCCGCUGGAAUCUGCUGGACAGGGUGGGGCCUUUGGUGCCCUUACCUCUGCCUUGGGGGCCAUGUCGCACAGCAAUAUUGGCGGGGCCUCGGCGGAGGUGUGGUGGCGGCGGCAGAAUGUUGUGUAUGGCUCAAACGAGGUCUACGUGGACAUUGUGGAAACAAUCAGCUGCAUUUGCAACAGCACGGGGAACAUGAUUUCUGGCGGUGUCAAUGGCGAAGUUUUGAUUAACAGCAAGCUCAGUGGAGUACCAGAGGUGCUGUUGACCAUGCGAAAUCCCGCCGUGCUCCAGAACGUCUCGUUUCAUCCCUGCGUACGACUUCCAAGGUUUCAAAGGGACAAGGCGCUGUCCUUCAUUCCGCCCGAUGGUGAGUUCUCGCUCGCCUCGUACUGGAUUCCGGACACGACUUUGAACCUGCCUUUCCACUUCUCGGUGUCGGUGAACUACCACUCAGACCAUGGGAAAGUGCAGAUUGCAGCCAGCCCAAAGCUUGCCGUUACCAUGCAAAACAAGCAAAUGCUGAUCGACAAGUUUGUGGUGCAAAUCCGCCUGCCUUCCUCCAUUGCUUCUGCCAACUUGGCCAGUCAGGGUGGGAACAUCCGCUUUGACGAUGAGUCCAAGGUGAUUAUUUGGAACCUUGGCAAGCUCGCCAGCCAGGACAGCAAGGCAGAGGGCACUUUGAAUUAUGCCACAGACCCAAAGGAUGGGACGCCAAAGAUUCCUGCAGAGGAGAAGCCCACAGCACAGUUGGCCUUCGUCAUCAAAGGAUGGGCCAUCUCAGGGAUUCGUUUGGACGCCUGCGAUGUGAGCAGCAUCAACUACACGCCCUACAAAGCGUCAAGGUACACCACCACAGCUGGCAAGAUUGAGUAUCGGAUAGCCUGA